AUGGAGAGCAGCGAAAGGGGUUACCUCGAUACUGGUGAUGCUGGAUUCCUCUUCAGAAAGGAGAUUAACCUACUCAUUCUUUGCUUCUCUCUCUCUUCCCGGAACUGGAACCCUAGAAUGGACAACUGGUUUCGACCUGUUUUGAUGACUGUAAUCAAUGGCGGCACCGUUUGGGACUCAACGACUCAACCCGAUAACCCGAACUUUGGCGGCGAAGCGAAGAAACGGAAGAAGGUGGUUGCCAUGGGGAGUUUUGGCAAUGCCAAACUCUUUGUGGAUAAAGAUGUUAAGAAGAGGGUUGAAUUUCAGCAGAAUGACAGUUUUAUAUACCCCAUGAAUGCAAUGGGUAUGGGUACACUUAAUAAAAGUGUAGGAGCUAUUCUGGGUGUGAAAUGGGCGAAGUGUGUGAAGCAGCCAUCAGCGGUGGCUUAG